UGUGACAUAUGACUGACCAGUUUUGCUCCUGGCUAAGGAGUUCAAACCAUGAUUUCUACGGUCACUGAUCCAGCAUUGGCUGCCAUCUUGCAGCGUCGACGCUUGUUGAGCGAGCCGCAAGUAGAGGCCAGCUGGAGCAAUAGCAAUGAUAGGAGCUUACGAGAUGGAGCCACUAUGGUUCCGAGCAUUUCGCCAACGGUACGUCCGGGCUUUGUCCAAGAUGCCCUAGCUGCGAUCCAGGAGCGGCUCACAUUCGAGCCAAAGUCACAGCCGAAUGUGCAAUGCUUCGACAUGGCCACGGAUUCAGAGUCAGAGGACAGUAGUGAUGAUGAGACGUGCCAUGCAGACCGCUUAAACGCACAAAGCUCGGAGUCAACUGGGGAUGAGGAGCUGGGCUCUCUUUCUGAGGGCCGGCCCACGUGCUGCACCCAGGCAAUUGAAGCAAUCGAGCUUUGUGCUUCCCAGCUAUUGAAAGUAACACGCGAAAGCACAGUUGGUGAACUCCGCGCUGCUGUGAAUGAUCAGAUAUCUUUCAAUCCGGUGAUCCUGACACGUGCAAGUGAAAUUGGAGUGGACCAGCCUGCCUUUCUUCAACUGAAUGACAAAGACGUGAUUGCGACAGUGGUCGGAAAUGUCGAGGAUCUUGUGUUGCGUAACGUGCUCGUCUUGGACCACGACGGCCAAAGCUUGUCGACCCCACCGCGAAGCAGGUUGCAGAUCCUCGAGGAGGAAAACGCUGACUUGAAAACUCAGCUACGACGUUUGGAGGAACGCCUAGCCGCAGCGGAGCAGAACACCAAUGAUGACAGGAUUGAGGAGACGACCCCGAUUUUACAGCCAAAGAAUGAAAAUGGCAGGGAAGACAAACUUGUCUCCCCCAGAGACAGUCACUUGGAACACGCAGAACAGGGCCAAACCACAAUGGGAGAACUGGCAGAACUGGCAGAAUCUUUGGAUGUCGAUUCCACUGGGGAAGAUGUGGCAGCGCAAAGUCUCGCGGAGAGGCCACUGGAAGCCCAACUCGAAGAUGCCAAGGAAGUGCCGCAGCCAAAGAUGCUACAAGAGGAGCCUCCACCUGAGAUUCCGUUGGAUCAUGCAGCCGAGUCUGUUAAAGAUUUGCACCAGCCGACCACAAUGCCUCAACCGACUCCUUUGGUGGAAGAGGCGCUUCCUGCAAAGCGCAAAGGCACUCCAUUGUGUGUCUCGCUUCUGUCAAUGCAGUCUCCAGACCAGCCAGCGAUGAAGCUUGACAUGACCACCAAGUCUACGAUUGCAGAGCUCCGAGCACAGGUAAUGCACGCCUUCGAAAUGGAUGAACGCACGGCCAAACGCUUGCGUUUCUUGCGAAAGAGAGGCACUUGCUAUGUAUCUUUCAAGGAGGCUGAAUGUGUCCGGGAGAAAAUCUUCCUACAUGACCCGGACAUCCGCGCACUGUCUGGCUUGAAGUUGCGCAGCUUCUCUGGUGUUGGCGGUAGCAGACCGACGGUGGAGGAGACCAGCGGCUUGCAGCACAGCUUGCCAGCAGGUGUCGACGACUUCAUGCAAGAAUUCAUUUUGCACACUUUUGCUCGGAUGAAUGAGGAGGAGCGCAAUUCGUGGAAUGCGCUUCCCAAAUUCGUGAUUUGGACUAUGUGGUUCGACAUCCUCUCGAGCCCUUUCUUCAGGAAGUGCAUGGAAGGAAAGUUUCGCGAAGCCACUUUUGGUCCCAACUUUGACAGGAAAGCCUCGAUGCGGCUUGCAAAGGAUGACCCGGUUCUCAAAGAAUAUGCUUUCCACAAGCGUCAGCUCAUUUCAGUGUGGUUUGAAGAAGAAGAGAUCAAGGAGGCAGUGAAGCAAGCUCCAGAAGUUCUUCCAGAGGUCCCAUGCAGGGUUGAAAAGGACCGAGCCUGCGACCACGGCCUUUUUGACUUCGAUGAUCUCGAUGAGGCUGAGAUGAGCACCAUUCAAUGAGCUCGUCCAGUCUUAGUGCAAGCUCUGCAAGCCCGGCUUGCCAUGGAGACAAAAACUGCCGCUAUGGCUAUGGAGUCGCCCAAACUGUGGUCGAUUUUGUGUUUUUUCGGUACGCACUGCGAAUCCUGUAGAGGCAACGUUUGGCAGGACAUCACAGGCAAUUUGGAC